CCUACGCCCAGGAGCGGGGUUCGUUGUUGAGAGUGUUGUUGAUAGGUGGGGGAGACACAGCUGCUUCAUAUUGUUUUCAAAGUCUGCAACAUUCGAGUUCCUGUUAAGUGUUUUUAAUAGCAGCAUCAUGCAUUAUUUCAAGAUUGGAGCUUUGGCGGCCUCUGCUACAUGGUCUGUUGCAAUGGCCGGGAAGAUUGGAAAGCGUAGUUUUGAUGUUUUCGAUUAUGUUGAUCCCUUGACUGGGACAAGUAAUGGAGGGCACGUGUUUCCUGGAGCGACGCUUCCUUUUGGCAUGGCCAAAGCUGUUGCCGAUGUGGAUGAUCCAAACGAGAAACAGGGAGGUUUUGCAUCGGGCGACAGUAACAUCAAUGGAUUUUCUCACAUGCACGACUCGGGCACAGGCGGGUCUCCGUCUCUGGGAAAUUUCCCCAUUUUCCCCCAGUCUGGUUGUCCUGGAGACAUUGUCGAUAAUUGUUUCUUCACUAAGACAGAACGAGCUUCUCAGAGAAUUAAUGGUUCGAUUGAAGCACAUCCUGGAUACUUCGCUGUCAGUCUGAAUACCUCGAUCAAGGCAGAAAUGACAGUCUCCAAUCACACGGUCCUCUACCGGUUCACCUUCCCAUUGAAUCAGACAGGGUUACCAAACAGCCCUUUGAUACUAGUAGAUCUUACCGACCUUCCCGACUCGAUCACGAACGGAAGGGUUGAGGUUGACGAAAAGACUGGUAGAUUGCAAGGAAAUGGAACUUUUGCUCCUUCUUUCGGCAUCGGGACCUACAAUUUAUCUUUCUGUGCCGAUUUCUCAGGAGCUCCACUUCGAGAUUCUGGAGUUUGGAUGAACAAUCGUGCUGGGUCAUACCCGAAGAGUCUGAGGAGGGUAGCUGAUGGAGUGAACUCGCCUCCUCUCCCGGCUGGCGCUUGGACGCAAUUUAAUGCCACAGAGGACAACGAAAUUCUGGUACGGGUCGGCGUUUCCUUCAUCAGCAAUGAACAAGCUUGCAGUAAUGCCGAGAAAGAGAUUCCAGAUUUCGACUUUGAAGAUAUCCUCAGCUCAGCGGAAGAUGCGUGGCGUGACAAGCUCUCGGUCGUGGAAGUGGAUGCGACUGGAGUGUCUGAUGAACUACAAACGGUAUUCUGGUCUGGAAUGUACCGCUCGAUGAUCUCACCGCAAGACUACACAGGCGAGAACUAUCUCUGGAACAGCACAGAGCCAUAUUAUGACUCGUAUUACUGCAUCUGGGACUCAUUUAGAAGCAUACAUCCUCUACUCACUUUGUUAGAUCCUCAAAGCCAAACAUUGAUGGUCAGGAGUCUCAUAGAUAUCUAUCGACACGAAGGAAAGCUGCCUGAUUGCAGGAUGAGCCUUUGUAAAGGCUUCACUCAGGGAGGCUCUAAUGCAGAUGUUGUUCUUACAGAUUCUUAUCUCAAGAAUAUAACUCUGAAUGUUGAUUGGAAUACUGCCUAUGAAGCAUUAGUUUCCGACGCCGAAGUUGAGCCUCUAGACUGGUCAAUCGAAGGCCGAGGCGGGCUGGGAAGCUGGAAAGAAUAUGGAUACAUUCCGACAGAUGAUUGGGAUCCGUAUGGCGUUGGACCAUUUACCAGAUCUAUUUCAAGGACUGUGGAAUAUGCUUAUGACGACUUCUGCAUCGCGGAGAUGGCGAAGGGACUUGGUAACACUCAAGAUGCUGAGAAAUACGUCGGACGAUCGAGCAACUGGAAGAACAUGCUCAAAGCCGACCAGACUUCCUUCGUCAGCAACACGACAAAUCAUCCCAACAGCACCGUUGACAGCGGCUUCGUCGGUUUCCUCCAACCUCGAUAUCUGAACCAAACCUGGGGAUUCCAAGAUCCCUCCCUUUGCUCCCCUCUCUACAACUUCACCUCCUGCUACCUGAAUUCAGACGGUCACGAAACCUACGAAGGCAGUUCCUGGAUGUACACCUUCUUCGUCCCUCAAGAUAUGGCGACCCUCGUCACCACCCUCGGCGGACCGGACACCUUCACAAAGCGUCUAUCAUAUCUCCACACAUCAGGUCUACUCUACAUCGGCGACGAACAAGCAUUCUUACCAGUCUUCCAAUUCCAUUAUGCAGGUCGCCCAGGUCUAUCCGCAUACUUCUCACACUUCUACAUCCCAUCUCAAUUCAACACCUCUACCAGUGGUCUCGCUGGCAACGAUGAUUCAGGCGCCAUGGGCUCCUUCACAACACUAGCCAUGAUGGGACUCUGGCCUAUCUCAGGCCAGAACGUGUACCUCAUCACUCCUCCCUACUUUCCCGAAAUCAGCGUGACGAACGGACAGACUGGAAACACAGCCACUGUCCGCAAUGUGAACUUUGAUCCCGAUUACGAAGCGAUCUAUAUCCAAAGCGCUACGUUAAACGGGGAGCCCUACGCGAAAAACUGGAUUGCACAUGAUUUUUGGUUGAAUGGUGGGGUGCUGGAAUUGACGCUGGGGAUGAAUGAGAGUGAUUGGGGGACAGGAGCUGCUGAUUUGCCGCCGAGCUCUUCUACGAGCUUUUGAAAAUUAUCUACAGUAUACAGAAUGGGGGAUUCAAGAUAAGAUCUUACAUUAGGACAGUGUUGUGUCCUCCUCCAGACUAUCGUGCGAGGUCUGCUAAUCGUUCGGGAUCUCUUUUCUUGGUUCUGUGUUUUUGGUGUCAGUGCGCUACGAUACCAUCAUCCAAGUGGAUAUUUGU